AGAAGGCGUGGACGUUGUUCCAGGAGCAUUCCAUCUCACGGUGAAUCAAGUGCAACAGCCAUUAUCUCAAAGGAGGGACGAAAGAUUACAUCCUGAUCGUCGGGCGAAUAAUCCCAAUCCCCAGCCGCUAUCUCUCAUUCGUACAGACCUUCCUGAACAUGGCUGGAAGUAACAUUAUGGGAUCUUCAUGAUCACUGCUCAAUGUAUGUAAUACAGAACUGCACCACGUGUGAGAUCAUGAGCUGUGCUGGGGGGAAGGUGUAUGCUACGCUCAAAGGACUUCUGCAUCUCAUUGCUGCUCUCAAUGGAGAGAAGACCACCACCAACAGCAACAACGAUACCACCAAGCCUCUCAAAAAGAGGCGUCGUUCUUCGCAAAGUCAGAAGGAGAGGUCUCAUUGGGGCAAACACGUAUGGUUUGCGAAAGCCAAGUAUAAUGAAGGAAAGCGAGGCAAUAGCUCUGAAGGUUGUCAUCCUUGUCAAAUGGACAAGGUUACAAAGAGCUCGCGUCUCCGGACUGGUGAGCUUCUCAUCAGAGAUAGGAAUGGUAUUGCCAGCACUGCAACAAAUCGAGGUUAUAUUUCCCCGUCCUCCCACUACCAACAACCAACGCUUUCGGAUCCGACGAUGGGACCUUUUCGGACCAUCGCUGUUACCAGGUCAUAAUGGGAUUGAGUUCGGCAGCCCAGGUGACUCAAUCACUGCCUGUCGACUAACUAUCUAUCUGGUGAUGAGAUGGCGGAUGGCAAACGCGACCGCUGCUCCAGCCACGUCCGUGCCUGAUGCCUGACGUGCUUGAAGGAGUUUGUAGGAGAACAGAGGAGGAUGUCGAGGGCGGCACUGGGCCAGUGGCUUUUAGCGCCAAGUUGGAUGGGUGAACCAGUGAAUCACAGCUGUUGUAUAUUUUGAUCUCAAAUCAAUUUAUGCCUGACUUCCUCUUUCUUUACUCUUCAAAGCAUCAACUCUUAGCCGUACUCCGUACCGGGUGAUUGGUUGUAUCAGGUGCCCAAGCUGCAACCCGCAUUGACUC